GGACGCGCGCCGCCCCGAGGGCCGCAGGCCGCGGGGCCCCCGAGUCCCCGACCCUAACGGCCUGAGGCCCUCUGGAGCCAGCGGCCCCGCUCUUGGCUCGCCCGCGGCCGCCCCCGGGGAGCCGGACGAAGUGGACAAGUUUAAGGCGAAGUUCCUGACGGCCUGGAACAACGUCAAGUACGGUUGGGCAGUCAAAAGCCGGACCAGCUUUAGCAAGAUCUCCAGCGUCCACCUCUGUGGCCGCCGCUACCGCUUCGAGGGCGAGGGUGACAUCCAGCGUUUCCAGCGGGACUUCGCGUCCCGCCUGUGGCUCACAUACCGCCGGGACUUCCCGCCCCUGGCCGGAGGUGGCCUAACCUCAGACUGUGGCUGGGGAUGCAUGCUGCGCAGUGGGCAGAUGAUGCUGGCCCAGGGCCUGCUGCUGCAUUUCCUGCCCCGAGACUGGACAUGGGCCGAGGGCACGGGCCCGGGCCCCUCUGAGCCAUCAGGGUUGGCCUCUCCCAACCGUUACCGUGGGCCUGCACGCUGGAUGCCCCCGCGCUGGGCCCGGGGCACCCCUGAGCUGGAGCAGGAACGUCGACACCGGCAGAUAGUGUCCUGGUUCGCCGACCACCCCCAGGCCCCCUUCGGCCUACACCGGCUGGUGGAGCUUGGGCAGAGCUCAGGCAAGAAGGCGGGGGACUGGUAUGGGCCAUCUCUGGUGGCGCACAUACUCAGGAAAGCUGUGGAGAGCUGCUCAGAGGUCACCCGCCUGGUGGUGUAUGUUUCUCAGGACUGCACAGUGUACAAGGCAGAUGUGGCACGCCUGGUGGCCAGGCCGGACCCCACGGCCGAAUGGAAGGCCGUGGUCAUCUUGGUGCCAGUGCGGCUGGGCGGCGAGACUCUCAACCCCGUGUAUGUGCCCUGUGUGAAGGAGCUCCUGCGUUCAGAGCUAUGCCUGGGCAUCAUGGGGGGCAAGCCACGGCAUUCACUGUACUUCAUCGGCUAUCAGGAUGACUUCCUGCUCUACCUGGAUCCCCACUACUGCCAGCCCACUGUGGAUGUCAGUCAGGCUGACUUCCCCCUGGAGUCCUUCCAUUGCACCUCACCCCGAAAGAUGGCCUUCGCCAAGAUGGACCCAAGCUGUACAGUGGGGUUCUAUGCUGGAGACCAGAAGGAGUUUGAGACGCUCUGCUCAGAGCUGACCAGGGUCCUCAGCUCCUCCUCAGCCACCGAGCGCUACCCCAUGUUCACCGUAGCUGAGGGCCAUGCUCAGGACCACAGCCUGGACGACCUCUGCUCCCAGCUCUCCCAGCCAACACUGCGGCUCCCUCGCACGGGGCGGCUCCUCAAAGCCAAACGCCCAAGCUCUGAGGACUUUGUGUUUUUAUAACGGGUGGGGUUGGGGGAGAAGAUGCACACUAUUUAUUUUUUUAUUUAUGUCAUGCUGGGUAUGGGAGCUUGAAAUCUGGAGGUGAUGGGUCUUCCCGUUCUCACCCCCUUGACAAGUGCAGCUGAGACCAGUCCAAGAAACCUCGGAACUGGGGGCCAUCCCGACAGGGGCAGAGCCAGUAUGCCUCUCUCCGGCCGGCUGGGCCCUCCGCACAGGGCAGGGAGGGAGGGCUCCCAGACACCCACUCAGGGCCUGACUCAAGUACUGUAGUUUGCACUGGACCACCUGUGCCCCUCGCUGGUCCCAAAGCUCCCACCCUGCCGAAGUCCAGGGGUGGUGGGGGGAACUGUGGCCACUGGGGGCUAAUAAAGCCGUUUAACUUGA